AAAGCAAAGUGUCGUCUUCGGUUAGUUUAAUCACAGAGCAGUUCAAAUGACUAAAAACAUACAAUAACACAUAAUAAAUAACAACAAAAAGCAUGUAAUGAUAACACUUAAAUUUAGUAAUCACGACUUCAUCUUAUUUUUUAUAAAAAUAGGUUCAAUCAUAGAAUUCAUCAGUAUUAUUUACGAUGAGUUUGUCAUACGAUCAAUCAUUAGUCUUUUAUUAUAAUUCUAUAAUUAUCGGAUUGUUUAUCCGAUUGAUCAAUCAUGUUUCAAAAAAAUUCAAGAAUGAUUCUUAUCUGUUAAUAUAUAAAUCAUAGGAUGAUUUCAAAUCUUGAGAUUAAGAUAGCAUAAUAAUAUUAACAAUUUCAAACAAAAAGCUAAUGAAUGCUUCCUUCGUUGUAGAUGAAGAGUAUAUAUAUUUAUAUUGCAAUUUUAACGAUAGUUUAUAGUGUAUCAAGUUGUUUAUAUACGUAUAAUAUGACAGUUGAAAAAAGUUGUUAUUUUAUAAAUAUUCUGUACGGAUUAUUUUAGGUUCAGUAGGUCUUCGAAGUACCAUACUCUCGAACCUUCGAGCAGCGACGUAAAAUGAUAUUCGUAUAUACAGUAAAUGCAAAACAAAUCAAAAGCAUGAUCCUCAAACAACAGUAACAGAAAGUCCAAAAAACAGUCAAGGUCUCUUCGAAUAUCCGUGAAAUCGGACAAUGCACUCCCACCACUACGACCAUGCAUUUAUUUGAUAUAACUUCUGGAAGGACAUGCAUUCGAAAAACAUAAAAACAUGACGCACGAAUAGCAUUCGAGUGUGUGUGUGUUUGCGAAAACACAUCGAAUGGUGUUAAACCGAUAGAAGCGAGUUUUUGCAGACUCGCAGCGAGAGAGAGAGAGAGAGAGAGAGAGAAAGAGAGAUACAGAGACAGAGCGUGAAAGAUGUUUGCGAUAAUACAAGUACGCGCAAAACAAGUGGCGCGGCGCUUGCGUCAGAUAUUGACUGGACAACUCGAGUUUUAAUAGUUGUCGCAUUAAGGAAUAUACAUCGGUCAGUAUCGCGUUCAGCGAAGGUCUUCUAUUUUUCUUUGUUCUUUUCGCGUGUCCUGGCAACCAUGAGCCGACGCUCUGACCAAGAAAAGCAACUCGAUGGUAAAGAUGCAUCAGAACGUUUAAGCAAGUCGUCGUCGGAUGAUUGUAAACGUAGUGAUAGUGGCUGCUGCGAAGAAGACGACAACAUGCCUGAGCCAAAAGAGUUACGGCCGACGCUUCAGCAUGAAGACGAUGACGAUGAGAAGACUCGUGGUACUCGAAGACCCGAUGAAAUUGUUACUCUUGAACUUGACCAUAUACCCGAUAAUGUACUUGAAUACGCUCGCCACGAACUUGGUGAAAGCGAGGAAGUCAAGUGUCAGACUAUUCAUGAGCUGAGGGAAAUGAUUUUCGAGAGAGGAGAAUGCAUGCCACAUCGCAUGGACGACGAGUUCCUGCUCAGAUUUUUGCGAGCCCGUAAUUUUAAUGUAAACCGUGCUCAUCGAUUGAUCGUCCGUUACUACGCAUUCAAAGAUGAGCAUCCAGAGAUUCACGUGAACGUCAACCCAUUAGAGAUGAGGCACAUCGGCGAUGACGACGUAAUGACCGUGCCAGCAUAUCGUGCACCCUGUGGUCGCCGCUUAAUGAUCUAUCGCAUCGGCAAUUGGGACCCUCGUAAAUAUUCCGUCGACGAGAUAUUCAAAGCCACAGUCCUUAUACUCGAGCUGGGACUGCUCGAGCCUAUGGCGCAGAUCCUCGGGGGCAUUGUUAUCUUUGACUUCGAGGGUAUCAGCAUGGCACAUGCAUGGACGAUAACACCUCAGGUCGCAAGUAUGGUAUUUGCUCUGAUAGUGACGGCUUUCCCAAUAACUACCCACGCAAUUCAUAUACUUAAUCAAUCAUGGAUCUUCGACACGAUGUUUGCUGUGUUCAAGCCACUAAUCGACUCCAAAAUGAACUCCAAAAUCUUCUUCCACGGCUCGGAUAUGGAAAGUUUGCACAGGCACUUGCCACCUGAUUAUCUGCCCAAGAAGUACGGAGGUACACGAGAUGAGUUGCCUUACUACAGGUGGAUCGACGCACUCGGCAAGGAUCGUCGCGUGGUCAAAGAAAUGAAAGGUCUCGGAUACAUUAUUCCCGAUGAAUUUUGCGCCAAGGAUGACGCUGAUGACUAGAGUUACAUAAGCUCAAUAAUUUUCUCAUUUAAAUGCGUGUGCCGCCUCGGAAAUAGUGAAAGUUUGAUUGGAAUUAUGUAUGCUCACUUUGACUUUUAGUCUUUCCGGGAGAUUAAAUUUCAACGUUGAUUACCGUCAAAAAUAUGGUGUUGUACACGCGAACGUAAUAGCUUUUCUAGCGUAGACUCUUCUUUUAUUUUUAUAUUAUCUGUCAAGUGUGUGAUACAGUUUUUUUACUCAGUAGAGAGAGGAGAGUUUUCUUCUAUAACGAUACUGGCUACGAUUAGGAACAUGUCAAGUUAUUUUUUUUUCUAUGAACAAAUUAUAAAGAGAACGAUAGCUUUUUUAAUGAAAAUAAGUCAUCUAUAUAAUUACACUUAAUAAACGUAUUUUUUAUAACAGCUAAAAUCAUAGUUUCGUACCUUCAAUGAUUGAAUAGAUCAACUAUAAUUAAAAGAAUAAAUAAUGAGUUCUAGUCUAAAAAACAGCGAAAUUAACGUAAUUUUUAUUAUUUAAAAUUGGUUUCACACUGCAAUAUUCCGUCCAAAAUAGCAGACUAUUACAAGGUUUAAAAAAAUUUAAUUUGUCUAUUCGCAGUCAAAAAACAUAAACAGUUUUAAGACAACAGAUUACCGUUUUCGUUUCACCAAGUAAAGCUUAAACCUGUAUCAAUGAGCUUAACUGUACUGUGGUUUUGUAAGACAGACAAUAAUAAACGUGAAAAAAAUGGUAAAUAUUUUUUAAUUUUUU